AUGCCCAUGGAAGCGAUGACUUUGCCGGAGGCGAUGUCAGAAAUUGAGGCGGUGCUGACGAGACUCCUGGCAGCUCACGACGUACCUGUCGACAAUCUGUCUAUCAAAGAGUAUCAGACGACGAAGCUCCACAGCUGUGAAUCUUAUGCCCGUGUACCCUCGAACAUCUCGAGUUCUCCAGCAGCUGCGCUGUCAAGUUCUUGUGGCGAGCAGCGGGCGCCACCCAAUCAAAGCGAGUCUUUGCCAUCUAUUGAGCCAUUGCCCGGCCGUCUUCCUGCGCAGCAAAGGAGUGUCUCGUUCGUAGAGGAAGGGGCACAAAACAUAGUUUUCAGCCCUCACUUAGACGACACCAAGUCAGAAGCAAGUAUGGUGAGCCCACUGUUCGAGAUGCACAAUGUCUGGCGCAGGCUGGGCGAGGAGCAAGUGUCGAAGGCAGCUCGGUGCGCGUCAUCAUUACCUUCCGAUACCUUGGACUUGAGCUCCGAGAACGUGUCCCAGCAGCUCGGUAUAGCUUCGGUGUGGGCUACAGGUGCAAUGGUCAGUCUGUUUGCGAAUGCGACGUUCUUGCCCCUCGUGGCUUUCCAACCUCCUGGAAUCUCAGUGGAUGCCAUCAUUGUGGCUACCGCUCUGUUUUGGACGCUGACAUUUCCAGUAGCCAUGAUUCGCUGGAUGGAGAUGCCAUCUCCCCGGGCCGCAUUGGUAGGUCUUCAGGAGCUGCUUCUUACUGCACUGCUCUUCAUCGACUCUUGGCCCAAUGAAUGA